CGUCAGCACCCCCUGGCCAGGCGCAUCUGCGCAUUUUCCAACAAAAUUUCUCUCACAGGCGAGGUUCUGCCCGUCCCGGAUCGUCGCGUUCGUUCCGACGGAGCAGGCUGCCGGAAGUCGAAACGGAGAAAACCAACCCCUUCGAUUGUUCACAUAUCGUUUAUCAAUUAUGUACAAAACCGUACGAAAAGGCGAUGCCAGCCUGCAGUACACGAUUCUACCGCAAACGGACCAGUUUUCGUCAUCCGGGUUCCCUCAGACAUCAGGAAAGGCGGGCUGGAGGGUCCUCAAGUACUCCAUAUGCACGUUGAUGAUUCUGUUCGUCGUGUCUUACGUGGCGGUAACUCUUUUCAUGAACCAGAGCGACGAGCGGCUGUUCGCCAGUACGGUGCUGGCUAUAGGCCGAGUUGGGCACAACUCGUCGAGGGCUAGAAACUCGUCGAGGAGUCAGGAGAAAGACAUGGCGAACAAAAGCAAAAACAGGCUUCCAGUAACGACCACGGUUUCAUCUACGGAAGCUUACAGGAAGCAGGAUAUCGAGGACGAGAUGACUACGUUGUUAGAGGCGUCGAACGUAGAUGAACAAGAGUCGCAGGAGUUCACUACCACAGAUUCCACAACGAGUAGCACGCAACGUUCGAAAACAUCCACGGAAUCGACGACGAGCGUCAAACAGACGUCCACGUCCACCACUACGUAUAUACUACCGACAACGUGGUCGACCGGUUUAAAAACGUUAACCAGCACCCCGAGUGAAGCGACCAAGAUGACGUCGAGCGCGCCAACGAGGAAGGCAAAGAUGCCAAGGGUGACCUUGAAGCUCAGAGAGAACGAAACGAUACCACAAAUGUACAUGAAGGCUGGGAUAGCGUCGUACAAAAAAGGAAACAUCACUACGAGCGUCCUGGCACACGGCCUAAGCCUGGAAGGGUUGAUCUUCAAGACGCCAGAGGGAACGAUAAACCCCUGGACGCAAAAGUGGUUCUUCACCGAUCCUUCCUCCGACUUUCAAUGGAAGAGCUUCAACCGGAUGGCGGUGAAGGUUUACAUAACCCUGGCAGUGUUCCUCACCUUCGCGAGCAUUCUCGUCUCUCUGCUGUUGUACGUGCGAAAGACCACGAGACGCCUGCGUCAAAGCGUCGAAGAACCAGAAGUGGAGGGACAGGAGGAGGACAAAUCGACUUUGUUGGGCGUCGAAAGCCAGGAAAUCGAGGAAAAAGAGUAAUCGUGAUUCAACCAUGGGAGAGCCACGUAGCUCGUAAGAUUCGCAUAUUUUUACAACGUGUACGUCAGUUUAGAUUUAGAUACUUCGCGUGAAACACCGAACGAACGAUCAUCGAGAUGUUGGGAAUACCGGUUAAUAUUUUUCGGGUUCGUUUAAUCGAGCGUUGAAAGCCCCGUUUUAAGGAAUUGACUGAUCGAAUAAUCAUCGUUCUCUUCUUAUCGUUUGCUUCGUUGCUAUUUUGCUUACUUGGUUAUAGUGGUUCGUGGAGAAUCAAGCUCGGUGAUAUUUUAACAAACGUAAAAUUUUCUGAACGCGUAAAGUCACGUAAUUCCUACCAAGGAUUUAUUUCUCAUAGGAAAUAAUUCCAGCUAAAAAUCGUUAAUAUCGUGGAAGAUUUUAAAAUUCGCGAUAUUUCCUGAAAUACCCUAGCGAAGUUUUUGUCUUAUAAUUUGUAUAUACCUAGACGUGAAAAGUGAAUUUUCAUUGAUUCCGAUAUGCUCGAUCUAUGCGGAGAAGAUGGUUCGAAAGAUAGUAGCCAGCUUUCGAAGGUUGGCUAGAUGGACAUUUUUCCUCGGUAUACCUUCUUCUUUCUGCAAAUACAAUUGAGACGUAACGCGUAAGAACGACUGAAAAGAACGACGCGGCUUUCGCGUGUUCACAGUCUUAUCCUAUUGCUAGGUUGCGCUAGCGUGUUGUGGUCCGAUUAAUUUUCGCCGAAUUUUGUCUGACACUGCAGACUACUUACAAUCAUUGACUCGCGAUGAUAGUCUUCGAAAUGUUUCUAUUAUAUAAUUUAUAAAGACGUAGAAUACUUUUUCGAAAGUUAUUUUCAUCGCUACUGAUUCUACUCGAUACUUUUUUCUAUUUCACAUGUAUGUAUAUCGAUACAUAUACGAUAUUAAUAUUAAUAUGCUUGUGUCUAUAUUAUAUUUUAUUCGUGCCGUAACAUCCUGCUGGAUAUAAAGCAAUUCCUCGAAAAAAAGAAACAGGUGAAUUUUGUACGAGACAAAUAGUUACAUUCGAUAGUUUAUAGCGUCUUUGUGCGCUUAGUGAUGAUUUUUUUUACCUCUAACGAUUGUGACCUUAUUUUCUACCAUCUUUUCAACAUGAGUAGGUAAGUAACGAUUCUCAACCAUAUUAUGUCUUUAAUACUAUAAGUUAGGCAAUUUUUUCAAGUACUUACUUAUGUGUUUAUGAAUGUUAUUCGUAAGCAAAUAAAAGCAUUGUCAUUCGAUUAGUCUGGAUGUAACAUUUGGAGCAAGAUGGGGACAUUUCCAUGAACGAUCAUUUUUAGAUAAUAUGGACGUACAGGAGAAAAACAGAGCGACAAAGUUGGAUCGAAGAAUCUAUGCGGAGAGCCGUUGAAGCGAUUGUACAAAAAAUGGGCUAUCGUAAAGCAAUUCUGGUCUUUAAUAUUCCUAAAACUACAUUGGAGAAGAGGUUGGCUCUCUAACGAAAAAAUUCUCAACAGAUGUUGAAGACAAUUUUGGACCUUUCUCGAUUGUGUUUUCGAUCGAACGAGAGCAAGAGUUAGUAAUUCUUUCUGCCUAAAUCUUUGUUACUUUCCCUACGGGAUUACAAUGUUCUGUUUCCACACAAAUACCACACACUACCAUUGUACAUAUAGUACAUACGUAUAGUACAUAUAAUACCACCAUACAGUAUUACGAAAUUUAGUAAAAUCCAUAUAUAUAUAUAUAUACAUAUAUACACAUAUAAGAUCAUAACUGGAACAUACAUAUACGAUCACAACCCAUACACACGUUACACAUAUAAUAAAGAAAAAUUAGUAUUUUAUUUAAAUGAAACGGGCCUACCAUUUGGUCUAACAACAAUCGAUAUAUACAAAUAGAUGCGUACUAUUUUUCCCCGUCACUAGGGCAUUGUCGCUACUUUCAAAAUUAUAUUUUUAUAUCUUUUUUGUUAAGUUUUGGAAGUUUAUUUUAACACGUUUCGAUAAACAGGCAUUGAUAUCAUAUAUGAUAUUUUUUGUAGAUACAACAUCAAUAAAUCUAGUAUUCUAGAGCAAUUUUGUUUUAGCAUUUCCAUCUUGCCCCAACUUCCCAUGCAUGAAGUAAAAACGACAUUCAAACUACUCAUCUUUUCUCUUAAAUCGAGACGUUAUCUUUCAUUGGAUAAUUCUUCGAUAUUUCAAUAUAUUAUAAUAUCUGGUACGACGAGUCGAUUAAUUUAAAACGACAAAUUUAUAAUUACCGUACAUAGUACAUAAUUAAUAUGUACUUGGUCGGACCAUGACGUGUUAGAUGCAUCUUUUUUGGAAUGAUAUGAUCAAAUUUCUAUCGGCAGAAUUUCAAAAUCGUGGAAACGUCCGAGAAACGUCGUUCGAACGAGAAUUUUUCUUCGACGACGGAAGGACUCCAUUUGAUUACCAAUAUGUAGAUACUUCCUGGCUAUUCUAUUACAUUAGUGAAUCGCACGGAAGCUAAUCUCACAAUAUCAGGAAGUUCUAAUGAUUUUUUACAAAGCAUCUUGCAUAUCCCCUGUACGUGUCGAGAGUCGUAAAUUUAUCAGAGAAUUUUCGAGCUCUUUCCUACAAAAGAGCUACUAAAGAAACAAAUCUAUCUAUAUAUAUAUAUAUAUAUAUAUAUAAGUGAAAAACAAAGUUACGUACCUCGAUGACCGAUUAAGGAGACAGUUUCUAAAAAACAGAUGAAUGACGGAAUCGUUAGAGAAACGAGCAAUCUUUCUAUACUAUUUGUUUCGCUUAUCUAUCACGAUCGACCGAACACGUAUAUUUUAUUAGAGAAAGUGAAAUUAAACGUUUGGUCAUCUCCGUAGCGGAUUUUAAAUGAAAUUAACCUGAGCAUAUAUAAAUAUGUCGUCUCGAAAGUAAGAACUUGUUUAAGGGUUUUAUAAAAGCGAAGUAGAAAAUGUAGUAGAAAGAUCGUAGGGUCUUGCGAUUAUCGGAAAUUCCGACUGAGACAGUCUGAUAAUUUGCAAGUGAUUUUCCAGUUGACAUUUCCGACAUAUACUUCGACAUGUUACGCCUUUAAAAAUCAAUCGAUAUUAACGACAGACGCGUCGAAACGAAUGUCAAACGUUAAUGUCGGCGGUCUCCUUAAUUCGGUCACACUAUGUAUUUGCUAAACUUUCUACACUGUGCAUACAGUACACAAUACGCUCCUGUAUAUGGCCGUAAAAUAUUAGAAAUAUCUGGCCGAUUUUCUUCAAAUGUCAUUAAGAAUCGCACCUUGAAAUUUCCUAGCACCGAUGUGCUUCGAAAAUAUGUCGCUUCAUCUACGAUCGCUAUAAACUUACUGUUAUGGGAGAUUGAAAAUUAAUUCGCUCAAUUUGCGUUCGAACAAAACAUCAAGAGGAUCGUAGCUUCUAAACGUACAGAAGCAAUCUUAGAAAAUCAUGUAUAUCAUUUACGUUCAAUAUUUUAUUUCUUUAUUUCAUUGUACGAUUCAAUGAGUAACGUUCUCGAUUUACUUCUCUUCGUCCCGGUUCGUAAUGCGAGUUGAAUGUUUCGUUAAAGACGGCCUGUAAUAUUACCCGAGAAUUUCUCUUCACCCACAUAUAAUAUAAAUUAUAGCGAUCAACUCGUUUAAAGAUUUCUUUCCGUAUUUUUAUUUGGUACUUAUUUAAUCACUAACACGUUCAGAUAUCUUCCAUGUAUUACGAAAGACAGCUUCGUAACGAGAAAAACUGUUGUAUUAAUUUAAAACGAAAAACACGUGUGCUAGGUGCAUAAAAAUUGCGUAAGAAGACUGUACGUAGUUUCAAGCGCAUAUUUUCUAGGUAUAUUCAUAUUUUAAUGAAUAUAUCAGGUAAUAUUGGAAGUAGCGAGUUAAAAUCACCAGCUACUAAUUACUCUUUGUCAUCGUGGAUGAUUAACGAUUGAUCGAAUUGUCUCGCAAAUUGCGUUAUUCGAUAUUAAUAUUAACGGAGAAACUGCGUUUUUAGCGUUAUACAUUUUCCCUAAGGGUGUAAAGACUUUCAUUAGUGAAAUGUAUUUCUAUGUGUAAUUAAAUAGCGAUGGCCGCAAAACGACAUCCUUAACAAAAUUUAGGAGACAAUCGAACGCAAUGUUUUUCACGCCAAUUUUUCUGCGAUCUUUACAAACAACGUCGUUCAGUAUUUUUAGAGCAAUACACAGAGCGUAAAAAGUUAGUCGUUAUUUAAGAAAUUAAUUUGUACAUUUAAACGCGUUUCGAUUAAACGAUACUAGCUGUUAAUAAUUUAACGAUACAAGCUCAAAUAAUUACAAAUGUUAAGCGACUAAUCUACAGAAAUUACUACGUUAAGGUUUUAUUUAACAGAUACACAUUGUCUACGUUUCUUUUUUAAAUACGUAACGUAUAUGUAUACCGUACUGUUAUAUCUACGAAAUCGCUACAUUCUUUUAGAUAUCGUUAAGUUUUGCAAUGCUUCCGAGUGCUUGUGAAUAACGUAAACUGUUGAAUAAUUUUCCUCGACUAAAAUUCAUCCGAAAAGAAGCUUACAAUUGUUGCUAACGAAGAAAUAAAGUUUUUGAAAUCUGCGAAGAGAUUAUUAAAUUCUGAAGGACUUUAUAAAACCUGUUGCUCAGUUAACAUUAUUUUAUCGCGAGGAACAACAUCAAGAUUUAUGAAGAAACGAGUCCAGUCGCCUUUAAUAGGUGCAGGAAAGGCCAGUAACAGUAGUUACUAAUUACCUAACAAGGAAAACAUUUUAUUCGUUGAGAUAAAUGUAUAGAAUGAUGUGUUGUGCGUUGUAUAAACCUGUGUUAUGUGUAAUUAAACACAAUAAUGCGAUAUGAUCGAUUAUUUGAUACUGGUACACUAGUAUACUAGAAAACGAUCUUGUAAGAUUUCACCAGUAGAAAAUGAUGACACGCGGACAGUGAACGUUCGCCAUUUUCUCUGUGUCGCUUUUAUUGUAUUUUUUCGAAUGCAAUUGACUGAUUUGUUAAGGAUUUUGUGAAAAAGGCAAACUCGAACUCGCUCGAUCACGGCGAAUCGGUUGUCGACGUUCCUUCGUUCUCGAACCAAUGAACACGCAAAUAGUAAGUACACGUGCAAUUCCGUACAAAGAAAAUGAGAAAAUAGAGAGCGAGAGAGAGAGAGAGAGAGAGAGAGAGAACGAGAGAGAGCGAGAGAGAGAGAGAGAACGAGAGAGAGAGAGAGAGAGAGAGAGAGAGAGAGAAAGACAGAAAAAUGUUUGAUGCGUUUUCAAAGAAAUAAAGAACAAAGAAGUAUGAGAAUAAGGGACUUAUAAGUGACACAAUAGUGCUGUAGCUGAGAAGAAAGAGACGGUUAUAGUUUCUAUUUUGAAGAUUAUAUUUUUUUAACUUCAUUCAUUUUUGACUUCCACAUACAUGUAUUUAUAUAUAUACAUAUAAUUGUAUAUACAUAUUCGCAUACCUAUUAUAUACACGUAUAAAUAUAAAUAAAUAAAUAUAUAUACAGUAAA